AUGGAUCUACCCACCCCCCCGCGGCUGUACGCGCAGAGAACCUCGGCCAGGCGCUCUGAAGCCCCCGUCAUCCCUUUGAGUCCUUCCCCGGCGGGGGAGCCACCAUUUUUGGCUCCUUCGGUUGCUCUGACGGAGCUUUUUCCGACUUUGAUCGUGUGGGCGCUCAGCGAGGGCUGUGUCAGCUCUGUGAUGGAGAGCCCGGCCUCGGGUGUGCAGGGGUGGCUGUGCGGAGCCCCGGGUAACGCUGCGAUUGCUCAGCUGCUAAGUAGCGUGGUAUUAUUAGAAGCACAGAAAGAAUUGGUGGACUACAAGGGACUCGGUAUAAGUGUUCUUGAAAUGAGCCAUCGGACUGCAGAUUUCACAAAGAUUUUAAAUACAGCUGAAAGUCUUCUGCGUGAGUUGCUAAAAAUACCAGAAAACUACAAAGUCCUUUUCCUCCAAGGAGGUGGAUCUGGUCAGUUCAGUGCAGUUCCACUUAAUCUCAUUGGUUUAAAGGAAGGAAGACAUGCGGAUUAUGUGGUUACUGGAGCUUGGUCGGCAAAAGCAGCUAAAGAAGCAGAGAAGUAUGCCAAAGUGAAUAUUGUUCAUCCAAAACUAGGAGCCUAUACAAACAUUCCCGACCCAAGCACUUGGAAUCUUAAUCCCAAUGCGUCCUAUGUCUAUUACUGUGCUAAUGAGACUGUCCAUGGUGUGGAGUUUGACUUUGUACCUGAUGUCAAAGGAGCGGUUUUGGUUUGUGAUAUGUCAUCAAACUUCCUAUCCAGACCUGUGGAUGUUUCCAAGUUUGGCGUGAUUUUUGCUGGUGCUCAGAAGAAUGUUGGCUGUGCUGGAGUUACUGUUGUAAUAGUACGUGAGGACUUGCUGGGAUUUGCACUGAAAGAAUGCCCUGUAGUACUGGAUUACAAAACACAAGCAACGAAUGGCUCUUUGUAUAACACUCCACCAUGCUACAGUAUUUAUAUCAUGGGAUUGGUACUGGAAUGGAUAAAGAACAACGGCGGAGCUGCAGCUAUGGAUAAACUUAGUUUAAUCAAAUCACGGAUGAUUUAUGAUAUUAUAGACAAAUCUAAUGGAUUCUAUGUGUGUCCAGUGGAGAAAAAGAACCGCAGCAGAAUGAAUGUCCCUUUCCGUAUUGGCAGUGUCAAGGGCGAUGAAGCACUGGAAAAGAAAUUCCUUGAGAAAGCUGUGGAACUUAACAUGAUAUCUCUGAAAGGGCAUCGGUCUGUGGGAGGAAUCCGUGCCUCUUUAUAUAAUGCGGUGACUGUAGAAGAUGUUCAGAAGCUUGCAACGUUCAUGAGAAGCUUCAUGCAGAUGCAUCAGUCAUAAAUGGCCAUGAGCUGAAGCCAUGCUGCACAUCUAGGAAAUAAAAGCUAAGGGGGUUUGAAAGUUACUGUGGUACUGCACAGCUGUAGCACACAAGUUAUAUUUUCUUUUUGUUCCUGUAGCUAUUUUAGUUAACUGCAUGGGAUUGAGUCCCAAUCUUGCAAUGACUUGGCAUCCUUGGCUUCUCUGAAGGUGAGGAUCCCCAGACUGAUCAAGAUUGGUUCCAAAAUUUGCAAAACAGUAUUCUUAAUGUGUUCUUAAAACUUGAGUAGCAUUGUAAGAUGCUAUGGAUCCAAGUCUGUUUCUUGAUUCUAAUCACGAAUGUCUUCUUCAGCAAUGCCUUGUUUUAGUAAACUUCAGGAGGCAACAUUUGCAUAAGCUUUUUGUAAAGCUUUACAAAUACUCUGCAAAGUGACUCUAGAAUUAACAAUAAGUGUUCUCUAAGGAUAUCUAGUUGAUUUAUCAGAUAUAUAUUCCAACAAUAUACCACCAGCAGUAUUUUGGAGUUAAUAUCUGUAUUCCUAACUUGAUGACCUUGCCUUUAGGCUUCUGCUUCCAUGCUGGAAGUACUGUCAUAAGUUCCAUGUAGUUAUACCUACUGUGGUUAAAGUCUCUGUAAGACUGGGCCUUUUUUCAUAUUAUCAUUUAUUGGCUUAAAGCUAAGAUGCAUGAAUCUGUAAUUAAAUCAAUUUAUAAGAUGUUUAUUUGCCUACGCAUCUUGUAUAUUAAACUUGUCUAGGUUAUUAAUUUUAUAUUCUUGCUUUGGUGUACGCAUAUUCCUACCAAAAACUUGUUUUUAAUUUCUUAACCUUACGCUAAACUGGAUUGCUCUGUUCAGCUCAAUGGAUCUGUGAGUUUCUCUGCACUGACUUCCUAGCCCAAAGUGCAGCAGACUGAUCUUCUGAUGCUUCUUAAACAUCUUCCCUCUCUAAUUGUUCCAGUAUUUUUUUCUGCCUUUUCAUUGCUUCAGUUCUGUAGCCUUUUGUCUAUGGGGCUUUGCUCAGCUGCAGUAAAUACAAGUCUUGACUUCUCUGCCUUUUCCUGACACUAGAUCACACUUUUGGUUCAACUCUCCCACUUGAUCCUUCUGGCUUAUUCCAGACUUUGGUACUCUGGGCUAGAGAAGGAACUGUGGUUAUGCAAAGAUCUUCUAUUGAAGUACUCUUGAGUUACUUUUUUCCUUCUUGGCUUGUGAAUUUACCACCAAUGACCAUAUAGUGACACUAGCCUCCUGUUUCAACUUAGGUAGAAGCUUUUUGCUAGUAUCAUAAUGUUUUGCGUUACUGCAGCUGGUUUCAGUCUACAGAAUUUUGGUACAGGAUUGGGAUUUUUUGAUCUUAUCUAACACCAGUACAGUGGUAACAACUUAAUAAUGAUAAUAAUAGACUGUCCCUUUCUUGGUAGAACCUCACAGUAAGUCAGUGAAUUUGUGCUAGGGUUGAGUUACAUUCCUAUCUGAAAAGUCAUAAUUUUAUGACUACUGUUUUGAGAUUUUUAUCAACUUAGUGUAACUCAAAGUUAUUAAACAAAUUAGAUGAAGAAAAUAAAACUUAGUCACAGCAUGCUGGGAAGUACCAGUGUGCCUGAAGCCUUUGUUUUUGUUGCUUUCAGAAGGAUGAGGUCAUGCAUAAUAUGCAUUAGAAUUUUAGAUUCCAAUCUCAUCCUUUUCCCUAAAAAGAAAUGUUUUAUUUUUCUGAAACUGUCUUACCUACAACUAGCAUAGAAAUAAGAGUAUUACUAUGAGAAGGCUUUGAGAACCCUUUUUGCACUGCCAAUCAUGAAGAUCUAAUUCAGCUUCCAUAUCAAGCUUUUUAACUUUCUAAAAUUCUACUUUCUCUGAAUUUUUGUGUGCUAAUUUUCAACAGCUGUGGCUUCUCCCUCUUUCCAAAAUUUAGUAAACAUUUCUAUUUUAUAAUAAUAGCUUUGAAUUCCCCUUAGGAUGUAUGCUUUUAUGUGCGAUUACAAAAAAGCUUGCACUGCUCUAUGCAGCUGAUUCAUGAACCCAAAAGGGAACCUCUUUGCUGCUUCCGAAUUGUGCCUAACAUUUGUCAAUUAGAUAUAUAUAUAUUUUUUUUUUAAUGCAGAAAGGCAAAAAUUGUGUAAAAGCAGAAUGUGAAGACUACAAUAGCAGUCAGUGAUUGAAUAUCAUGUGAGGGGGGUGCAGGAAUGUUGUAGCAUGUGCUGAACGAUUUAGUUACUUGAUUUGUUUCAGGCUUAUCCAUGCAACAGUUCUACCCUUGCAAGCUGCAUCCCUGAACAAUGUAAUCAGGAUAUUGAACCAUGCUGGGCAGAGAAUUGCACUUCCCCUCAUCAGAUGAGCAAGAAGAACUUCAGCAGGGAGUUGCUGGGAGUCCUGGUCUCUCUUCCCUAUGUCAGGACUUCCAAGCUGGGUCAAUAAUGGUAGUGUUUGGAAGCAGGGUUUUUCUUUGUGUGAUAUGAAUACUCCUAAGGCAUUCAAAGGUUUUGAAAAAUAGAACGAAAAUAUUGAUCUCAUCUGAGUUUGUGCAUGUAGAGAGGGAAUUGUAAAAUGAGCUCUUCUCAAUCAACAGUGCUUUCAGUUCCUUUUCUAGUGAGUUCUCUCUACUACAUCUUCUGGCUCCUGUGCUUGAUUUCACAAAAGUGGCUGCUUCCAUUCUCUUUAGUUGGUGGCCACCAUCUUUUCCUGGCUGAAAAAGGGAAAGCUGCUGAGGAGGUUGUGCACUCCCUCUGUUCCUGCUCUGCACAGUGAGGAGUGCUUUAGCCCAGGUGAGAAGAGCUGUAGAUCAGGAAGGUACCCUGUCCAGGAGACUCCCGUCAGUUGUCAAUGUGGCAGUGGUGGUACCAUCUCUAAGCCUGGCACAAAAGAAUUAAGAAUUAGAAGUCUGGAUUGCCACAUCCUUAUUCUAAUUCUAGUGGGGAUAAAUAAUUCAUAUGGACAGUCCUGAGCCUGUGUCAGCUGACACUCUGUAUUGUCAUUUUUUUUUUUUUUCCUUUUCUGUUUACUCCCGUUCUUCUUUUCAACUUGUAACUGGCUUAAUAUUUUUAGAUAUACCUGGGGAUAUUUAGAUGUAAAAAGUUUUAGCCUAUACUUGACUUUAACGUAAAUGUUUGGAUGAAAUGGGAAUAAAAGAAAUCAUAUACUGAUGGAUUGGAAAUUUUCAAAGUAUGCUGAAAGCAUUAUUAGGUCUGGCACUAUAUUGGUGUAUGAUUAAUGUUUGCUGUAUUUAAUUCUCUGGAUAGAAAAUAAAAAUGAGGGUGAACCUCUUUGUAUUUGAUAAGGAUGUACCUAAUUAAAAAUUGAAAUGUUACAAAGUUUUACAUGAAA